GCCGGCCCUCGCACGGCCUUUCACGACAGCGUGCCGAGGGGAGUGUCUCGCUCGGCGGUGCGAGCCAUGGAGCCGCUGUGCUGCGCUCCGGCCCGCUGCAACAUGAGGCAGAAGAAGAAAGGAGCCCUCAGCCGGGCAGAGCUGAUGAUGAUGACCAUCGCUGACAUCAUCCAGCAGCUGGUUGAGGCGCACGAACAGGGCAAAGAUGUUAACCUUAACAAGCUGAAAACCAAGACAUCGGCCAAGUAUGGACUCUCAGCACAGCCUCGUUUGGUUGACAUCAUUGCUGCAGUUCCACCUCAGUACCGCAAGGUGCUGGUACCCAAACUGAAGGCAAAGCCUAUUCGAACUGCUAGUGGGAUUGCUGUUGUUGCUGUGAUGUGCAAACCACACAGGUGUCCACACAUUAACUUUACAGGAAACAUAUGUGUGUACUGCCCCGGCGGGCCUGAUUCUGAUUUUGAAUAUUCAACACAGUCUUACACUGGAUAUGAGCCAACAUCAAUGAGGGCCAUUCGUGCCAGGUAUGACCCUUAUCUCCAGACGAGGCAUCGAGUUGAACAGCUGAAGCAGCUGGGCCACAGUGUGGAUAAAGUGGAAUUCAUUGUGAUGGGAGGAACAUUCAUGGCCCUUCCUGAAGACUAUAGAGAUUACUUCAUCCGAAAUCUGCAUGAUGCUUUAUCAGGGCACACUUCCAACAAUGUAGCUGAGGCUGUCAGAUAUUCAGAACGAAGCCUCACAAAGUGCAUUGGGAUCACAAUCGAGACCAGGCCUGAUUACUGCCUGAAGCGUCACCUGAGUGACAUGCUGUCAUACGGCUGCACAAGGCUGGAGAUCGGUGUGCAAAGCGUGUACGAGGAUGUGGCCAGAGAUACAAACAGGGGCCACACCGUGAAGGCCGUAUGCGAGUCAUUUCACUUAGCCAAGGACGCUGGGUUUAAAGUGGUGGCACACAUGAUGCCCGACUUGCCGAACAUGGGCCUGGAAAGGGAUAUCGACCAGUUUGUUGAGUUUUUUGAGAACCCGGCUUUCCGCCCAGACGGUCUGAAACUCUACCCAACUCUGGUGAUCCGUGGGACUGGCCUGUAUGAGCUCUGGAAGUCGGGAAGAUACAAGAGUUACCCUCCAAGCACCCUAGUGGAUUUGGUGGCUAGAAUCCUGGCUCUUGUACCACCAUGGACACGAGUGUACCGUGUUCAGAGGUAAUGGCUCUUGGUCACAGCUGUAUAUAGAUUGUCUUAGGUUGUAGU